ACCCAGAGGCAUUGUAUGAACCGCACAUGACGAUGGCGGGACACCACCACGGUCACAGACCCGGCUAUGGUCCUAGACAUGGCGGUAAUACACCAAACGCGCCUCAGCAAGCGAGGACGCGAGCAAUCAAUGAUCAGGCAAGAUAUGAAAUGGCGGCCACAAGAGAGCUACAGGCUCGUCGCCGUUAUGAAGAAGAGCAGGAACGAUAUCGACGGUCGAGGAAUCAACGGAUGGCCCAGCGGCAACACGAUGGUGAAUACUAUGACGAUGGAUGUUGUUGUACCAUCAUGUAGUUGUGAUACGCAAUACUUCCAGUCAGCAA